AUGGGUGGUUUUGAAGAUCAUGGUGGGAUAAUUGGCGAUUGGAUGCCUCCGAGCCCUAGCCCUAGGUCUUUUUUUGCAGCUAUGUUGGGGGAUGAUCCUGGUUCAAGAUCAGUACCCGACCCUCCGAAAAACGAUACCAAUAACGACACCGGGUUCACUUUCCCUAGACCAAAUCCCCAAAUCGGGUCUGAAAAUGGCGAUGCGACAAAAUCAAGUGAGUUUGGUGAUCAAAAAAUGAGCUCAAGGGCACCUUUUGUUGAAAGAAUGGCAGCUAGAGCUGGUCAUAAUGCUCCUAGGUUUAAUACAGAGAUUAGAAAAUCUUCUGAUAAUUCACAAACUCAACAAUCUCCAUAUUUAUUUUCACCUGGUGUUAGCCCAACUUCUUUUCUGGAAUCACCUGUUUUCCUUUCCAACUCAUUGGUUCAACCAUCUCCAACUACUGGAAAGUUCCAAUUUGUUCCCAAUGGUAAUGGUAGAAGCUCCAUGAUGUUCUUGGAUUCCUCUAAUAGGGUUAAAGAAAAUUUCUUUGAGGACACUAAUAACACUUCUUUUGCCUUUAAGCCUUUCCCAGAUUCAGCUCCUGUAUCUCGUGAUCAUGUGAAUCCACCUUUCAUGUCUACACAAUCUUUUCAACAUAAUGAAACUCUAGUUCAAUCUGAAAGACAAUUCCCUCCACAAAAGAUUGAACCAAUACAAAAUGAAACAUCUUCACUCCAUAUUCGCUCAGGCUUUCUUAAUGGCAAUUCUGAAAGAUCUCAAGAACAUCAUGAAGAUGAUGCAGAUCAAAGAAUAAAUGGAGAUAUUGGUAAUAAUUCCAACAGUGCCUCAUCUGAAGAUGGAUAUAAUUGGAGGAAAUGUGGUCCUAUUAAAUUGUCCUUGGAUGAUCUGAAGGUGAAUGCUGAAUACACAGGAUACAGAGUAGGUUCUAGUGUUGUUGUGUGGUUUUGGGAGGUUGUGAAAGCACUUAACAAGGAAGAUAGGGCGAGAUUGCAUCAAUUUGUCACUAGUACAUCAAAGGUUCCAUUGGAAGGUUUUAAAGCACUACAAGCAUUGAAGACAGUUCACACAAGAAUAAUUGACACCUCUCUUGUAUUCAAAUAUUGGAGUGGCUCCAAUUUCAGUUCCUCUGUCCUGGAAAUAGGAAGUGAUCCACUGUACUCAAUUGAAUGCCUUCGCGAAGAGAAUGAUGCGGUUAUUUUAGCAAUGGGGGCAACAAAGCCACGAGACCUCCCUGUUCCUGGACGUGAGCUCUCAUGUGUGCAUUUUGCAAUUGAAUUUGUACAUGCGAAUACUAAAAGCUUAUUGGAUAGCAAUCUUGAAGAUGGAAACUAUAUGAGAGGAACCAAACGUAGCGCAUUGUACUCUCAUUUAUUUUCUAACUAUAACAAUAUACUUCCAUUUUCUUAA